AUGGCGGGCAUCUCGAACGUCCAACAUAACAUCAUGGUCCUCGGUUCGAACAAAUUCUACCCAACGCACAAUGUCUGGUCGGCCCUCACAACCCCGUUCACGUUCGCUCCUCACUGUACUGAUAACUGGCGGGCCGGGAAUGUCUUGUCACAACCUAGCGAUGUUGUUCCGAGACUUACGCUUUCAAUGCCGUCGACUUGUCAACUCCCCGGUGGACAAGCUAUCCAUAGUCCAGGGACUUGCCUGCCCGGGUUCACCAUGAUCGACUUGACAGAGUAUAGAACACCAACUUGGACCACCGGUGGUGUUCGCGCAUGGGGAGCGGAUUGUUGCAAAGAAGGGUUUAUAUCAUCCUUGGGAGCGUGCAUGUCCAGCUUCACCACGCCACUCACUGCAUACAAUCCAGAACAAGUCGGCGGCGAAACCACCUCUGACGGCAGCGUUUGGUUCUUUGUAACCAGCGAUUCGGACUCGAGGAAUAAUUCUACCGUGAUUAGUACAGGUGUCGCGCAGAUGAACGCGAUACUCGUUUACUGGCAGGAGUCGGAUCUUGAGAAGUUUGACACAGGGUAUGCGUCGGAGCUUGCUGAGGCGUUGUUGCCGAGUAAUACGUUUGCGCCUUCUGUCACGACGACGGCGGGGACGAUACCGGGAUCUCACAGCGGAACAGCAGUACCGCCAGAUCGCAGCCAGCUCGUCUCAGCGACAGCGGAUCCAAAAUCGAAUGCAGAGCAAGCAGAUCGUCCUUCGAGAUCUGGCCUCAGUACUGGGGUUAAAGCAGGUAUAGCCGUGGGAGCAGGCAUCGGCGUGGUGCUAUUGUUCUUUAUCGGGUUCUUACUUUAUAAAAGAGUAUCGAUACUUCACCGCAAGGCGAGACUGGACCACGAAACGGCCAAACAAAAUGAACAGCCUGAGUUCGUUCCUGUAAAAGAUGGGGGUAAGAAGGAUGAGGCAUACACCCCACUCCCUUCUAGCGAUGCGAGAUGGUCGGUGUUUUUGAGGAAGCAAUGA